AUGUCGUCUUAUCUUUCACCUUAUGCAAAACGGCGACGACUAAACGAUGCCCAGUCGACGCUUUCAAAGCCCUUCAAGUCCCCGCUUCGUCGGCCCAUGACAACAAGCGAUCCAAACGUUUCUAGAGGGGACGGGAAUCUCGGCAAUAAGCCAGAGAGCGGAAGCCCUCUACUAGAGAGGCACAAUGCACAAGCAGUGAAUUGCGGAGGGACGCGAACGGAAGCCGUCGCGGUAUCCAACGAACCUUCUACCAAGUCCGCCUCGCCCUGCGAUCAUCAAUCUACCACAACUCCGCCGAAAACUCCUAGACCCGGUUCCGAUCAAAUAAAGCGAGCCCCUACUACUUCAUCUGCUUUCCCGAAUACGUCUCAGGCCCGACAGCAUAUCUCCAAUCUUCAAAAGCAAGUUUCGUCUCUACAUGCCCAACUCUCCACAUUGCGCACGGAUCUCGACACUGCUACACAAGCGAUAAGAAUUGAACAGUCGAAUCAAGAUCCCGAACUUGAAGGGUUGAUAUAUAAAUGGCAGAUUGUGGCACGUGAGGCGGCGGAAGAAUUAUUCGCGAGUGCUAGAGAAAGAGUAAAUAGGAUGGGCGGCGUCGGAGUGUGGAAAGAUAGGAUGAGACAGAGUAAAUUGAGAAGAAUGAAAUGGGAUGCGGAGGAAAACGACACCGGUGGGACAGAUGAGGACGGGGAUGAGGAUGAAGGAAGUGACUUAGAAAAGGAUAAAGAUGCGAGAAGGAAAGAGAUCGAGGGAGAAAUUGAAGCAGGUGAGAAGAGUGAUAGGGAGCAGGAGGAAGAUGAUAGUGGUGAAGAUGAUGAGACGUUUACCAUGGAUAUGAUGCUCAAGAACUUGAACGUCGAUUUGAAAGUGAUUGGCUUCGACAAGUUAAAUCAAAGAUGGAUCGACUAA